GUUUAGUCAUGCUUAAUGUGUUCGCUGUGCUGACGUCUCUCUGAGGUUUGGUUCCCAUGCAGCUCAGUGAGAGAGAGGAUUCUGGUUCUUCUGUCUUUGUGAGGACUACGUUUGAGUUUCAGGACGUUUUAUUUGGCUGUUUGGGAGUUGAGAUCAAACCUGAAGCUGCAGCUCAGGAGACGUUUGGAUUCAACAGAUUUUGGAUCCAUUAACACGGAGGACCCAGUUCAUUUUACACGUUCCUCUCAGAGCUUCUUCUGGAUAUCCAGUUUUUAUUUUUGUAUUUUCUUCUCCGGACAGCUUUCAGCCUGACGCGGGGCACAUUUUGGGGUUUUGGGUCUGCAGUUUUUGUCUGAAUGCCACAGGAUUACCCACAGGCUGCAGUCCCCCCCCCGGCCUGCAGGGCGGCAGCAGAGAGCGGCGGCCGGCCGCUGGACACACGGAGCGUCGGCAUGAGCGACUUCUGGCACAAAAUGGGCUGCUGCGUGGUGGCUAAACCACCGCCGAAGAAGAAGAGGAGGAAGAUUGAUCGCAGCAUGAUCGGAGAGCCGACAAACUUCAUCCACCUCACACACAUCGGCUCGGGAGAGAUGGCAGAGGGACUGCAGCCGUCGGGGCCAGUUCAGGAACAGAUGAGGUCUAAAGGCCCGAGCAUGAACGGCAGGAACAGCCUGUUAUAGCCGAAGUCGAUCAGCUGACCGACCUGCUCUUCCCUCCUCAUCAUUCUCCUCUUAACGAGCCAGCUGCAGGGGGCGCUGUCCCGACCCGGAAGAGCCAGAUCUCCUUUUUAAGGAUUUUACGAAAAAAAAAAUUGGAUCGAGGAAAAAUAAAAAGUCCGCUUGUUGUUCUUGUAUUCACCACCAAGACGGCAGACAUGAAGCGGUUUCCCCCGUCAGUAUUAAACCAAACUCAUAGAUGACACCACUGGACUCCACUUCCCAGAAUCCAGUUCUGUUCGGGAUAUACGAUAAAUGGAAAAUUUGGCUUUAAAGUGUCACAAAACACAAAAACACUACAUUUCCCUGCAUCCACAGGGAAGCUCUCUCUAAACCUUACAGGAGGCAGGCGGCUCAGAGGGUUAUACAAUCCCACAAUCCAUCAUGCUGGUGGAAAGCACCCCCCCCCCCCCCGCUCACCACCUACCCACCCCCGCCAGCUGCCUAGUGCUUCCUCACUGGACUUCAUUUCCCAGGAUGCUUCAUUGUGCUUCGGCUUCUAAAGAAUUAUUACACCCUUUAUUUUCUUGUUUUUUUUACUGUUUCCCAACCCCAACCCCACCGGCCUCUGUGACAACAUCAUUGGACUUCAACUCCCAGGAUGCCUCACUCUGCCCAGCCCCACUGCUGGUGCUGAAUGAUUAAAGACUCUUAUUUUAGGUUAUGGGAAAGUCCCUUGAUUGUGUGUGUGUGUGUCUGAUGUCAUAUGGUCUUAAUAUUCCACCAAGUUAAAUAUAAACGUUGCUUCCUCGACUCUCAGAGGGAACUGCACGCACAGUUCAAAACUCUCAUUAGAAAAUUACCCGUUUUUGUAAAAGUUCUUUAUUUCCACUUGUGCAAAAAUGUUUUAUGCCAAAAGUUAUCUUUCUGUUUGUUUUUGACUACUUAAGCUGUGGUUCGGGGCCCUAAACGGGUCUUAAACUGACGUAUUUUGAGAAGCUUUUCACUACGGAGGCCACCUUGAGACAUUUGCAGGACUUUUGUUUAAAACAUUUCGUGCUGCAUUUGGUGGGAAGAUCAAGUAUUAAGAGUGUAACUGCUUUAUAUCGUGUUUUUUACACAGACGUUAUUUCUGCUGUUUUUUGGGUGACCUUCUGUGUGAUUGCUUCUGAUGUCACUGUUUAUUUUUGUCCUUUCUGAUCAAACAUCCCGAUUAACUGAAGCAGGGAAGCAAAGCGGUGAAGGUGACACUGUGAGGCAGAUGUGCGCUAAUUCAAGAGUGUCACAACCUUCGGGUCUGGGCCUUAAUUUGGAUCACCUGAUAUGUGUAUGGAGUCUUGGGCGUGGGAAAGAAAUGGCUUAGAAAUCCUUUGUUAAGUAAAGAAUUUUUAGUGGCUUUGUUUUGCCUUAAUGCCAAAAAGAAACCUGAUUUGAACUUUUAUUAAUGAAUCAAAUUCCAGAAAAAAUGUUUAAUUACAGCACUAUAUUAAAAGAAACUGUAACCCAAUCCACCAACCAAACUCCAUGCAAUUAUCUGUGUAUUUAAACAUACAUUUGCUUUUUAUUUAUACAUUUCAUCUAUGCACCCCCUUAUAUUAGAGUCUAAAUAUUUCACAGUGAAAAACAUGAAAUCCCAUUAAUUUAUUUAGUAUUUUUAAGAUAGAUAUGUAGUUUAAAAUAUAUUAAAAGCAACCUUUAAGAAACCCAUUAAGGGAGGGUUUUCCUUGCCUGUUCUGUAAAUAUUACAAAGAGAGCUUUAGAAGAUAACUUCUGUUAGGAAUUGGCACUAUAUAAAUAAAACUGAAUUGAAAUAAACUGCCCCUACUUAACAGAAAUAUGUGCACAUGACCUCCUCAGAGGUUCCCACGUCCCUGCACCAGACUUCUAUUGAUGAAACUGUAGAUUUUACUCAGACAGGACUGUUGUGGUGAUUUAUGUCUCCGGCUGGACAAAACUAAUCUUAUAACACACACAAGGUAGCAUUUCAGAAAUGGCUGAUUUGAUUUUCAGCAAAUUCUGCUCUGCUCCACUUUUUUAAACAUAGAAUUAAAAAGAUAUUAAAACAGAUAAAAAGACCCACUCAGACUGAACAGCAUUAACUCAAAAGGGGGGAAAUCCAUCCAAACUGCAAUUCAGCCCUCAGCUGUUGUCUACACCACCGCUGAGUCACGCCAUGGCGGUCGGCCAUUUCCUCCCCGCGGCCUGAGACUGAAGAGGCCAAAACGUCUAUUCAAGGAAAAUCUGAGCCGCUGCUGCUCAUCUCAGUUUCCCUCAGGACAGCGUGGUGUGUUCACUGGACUCCUCAGGGCGUGGGAGUUUUUACACUUCCUCCUCCCUCAGCUCCUCUUUCUGAAAGACUCUGUUUCAUUUCCAAAACCAGCUGCACUGAGUAAGACUCUUUAAAAACCACAACCAGCCAAUUAAAAUGCUGAUUUCACACCAUGUGACCCUCAGUCAUGUGGGUUUGAUCAGCUGAUAGCGUCAACAAGAGAUGGUAAACAGCUUCUAACACGGAGCCAAAAGUCAAGAGGCUGAGCGAGUUUUUCAAAUCUGUUCUUCUUCUGCUGUAUUUCUGACAGAGCAGCGUCUCACCGUGUGUUUGCUGCCCCCAGCGGUCGACGUGUGAACUGUUAACACGCAGUCGCGGUUACCAACAGUAACCACAGGUGGCGCCUAAUCAGCCAGGACUUAAAUCUGAAGUUGUGCUCAUACGUGAAGAGAAGUUCAGACGUGGCGCGAUCGCAUGUAAAUGCAAAAACACAAUAUGGACGCUUAGUCAAGGCCCUUUGGCGUCGUUUUUAGACGUUAAGUUAGCAACAAUAAAUAUGCAACGUCCGGUAAAGUUAGCAACAAUAAAUAUGCAAAAAAAAUUUAUAUAAUAAAACGCUAGCGUUUCAAAACAUCGGCAUUUUGAAACGGCACGUUAUAAAACUCAUGAAACAUUGCAGGUUUAGGCAACAAAAAUACUUUGUUAUGGUUCGAAAAAGAUCCUGGUUGGGGUUAAAAUAACUACGUAGGUCAGUUAACACGCAAGUUCACUUACGUCACUUGCGUAAAUUACGCAAUUAACGUAACUUCAAUAAAAACAUUUAAUGUUGACUUUCUGUUUCACACGGGACACGAACCCCGGUCUCCUGGUUCAAAGUCGGGGUCCUGGCCCUCCAUCCACCUCCUUAGUCAGUCUUUUCUGUUAAAUAUCAUAUACCUGCCUUUACUGUCACAGUCUGACGCUUCCCCGACAGACAGGGCUUCCCCGACUGCGUGGAACUAUGACGCUACAGGGAUCCCCAGUGCGUUACAAACUGACACCGAUGGAUCUUGACCACGCAUCCAUCUGUGACGAGUUGGUGAGUGUAAACAGGUUGUUUGGGUGGACGGGUGAGUCAGAAACCGAACUUCCACUCAGGAGACCAAUGCUCGUUUCCCGUGUGAACCAAAAAGUCAACAUUGAUUCUUUUUAGUUACGUAACUAGCGUACUUAUUUUAACCCAAAGCGUGAUCUUUUCCGAAACCUAACCCAAUUGUGACGCUUCACUAGUUUUUAUUUUGAAAGUCUAUCUAAGUACCCAGGACGUUAAAAAGCAACGCCGAUGGGUCUUGACCAAGCGUCCAUACGUGACGCCCUGGGAUGAGAACGGGUUUGUUCGACGCCGCAUGAGGUGAAGACGCAUCUCUGCAACAAUUAGCUCAAUGCAAUUAUUUUAUUCGCAGUUCGGGUUGGGCAGAAAAAAACCCAACCGGUUCAAUCUGAGCAACUUUAAUAUUUAAAACGACAUAUGUGGAAAAGGUCCAUGUAUGUGUAGCACGUACUGAACCACGUCCUCUUACUGGACUUCACAGCCCAGUAAGUUUCUCUAGUUUCAUUGAGGAUCUUUAAAUGCACAUUAGUGUUUUCACAACAGUAUCCAGGUCUCACGUCUGUACCGACCGGCUCAGAUCAGAAACCUGGAUCAGGUGUUUACCUGCCACAGUUUCUGGAAGCGUUUCUGAAACCAGGGUCUGAUGUUUACAAGGGAAACACCCUGAUUAUGUAACACUGAGUUCACGUCUUCACAGUUAAGUUCAAAACCCGACGUCAGCGCCGUCUCUCGGGGGUUUCUGUUGUUGUCGACCGCUCUGCUCAGACCUGUUCUCAGGAAGCCAAAGUCUGGCCCCUGUUGUUUAUCACAACCAUAGUUCCUCUCUUCCUCUUCCUCCCCCCACACUCGGGAGCUGUCAUUUUUAAUCUCGCGCAGAAAUCACACGGCAACGUUUAGAGACGAGAGAAGAAGUUUUCUCAUCUGUUGAACCUGUUCAGUCAAGAUCAAAUAUGUUCAUGCUUAUUUUGUUGUUUAUCAAAGAUGCUGAUUUCUUGAACUGUGUUUGUAUUAUUGUAUCUUUUUCUGAAUAUAUAUAUAUAUAUAUGUUAGUGUUGUUUGAGUGUAUCUGUUAAGACUAUUGAUCAUCAGAUGUUUUUCAAAACCUGCAGGAGUUCAUGAAGAAAAAGUCAAAUGAGAAUUAUUUGAGAAUUUUACGCUCCCUGAUAUCUGGAUCACAUGAACCAAUCAGCAGCCGCCACAGCUGAGCUCAGGUGCGUUUAGGUGCAGUUCCUCUGGUGUCCACUAGGUGCUGCUGUGAUAAAACUCUCUCUGGACAUUAUUUCACUUCUUCUAAUGUGAAUUAAAUGCGCGUUUGCGUGAUUGACAGGUGUCGCGCUCAGCUGUGGCGCUGGUUGUGGUUUGUGGUCCAGAAAAGUAUGAGCACGAAAACAGAUGUAACAUCGUAACGUGAGGAACUUCCUGCUGUUUCAGUGAGAAUCUGCCAACAGGAGAGAUUUGAGAAACACUCUGAACAUGAACCUGCGUCCACGUUUAAAGAUGACAAGACAUUUUCUAAAAGUCUGAGUUUAGUAACUGAAGUCAGAACUUUACAGAGCCCCUGAAGUCCAGAAGUGGACCGAGGUUCCUAUCUGCCGAGAAAAUACAAUUUUUAAGUUCCAGAGCUGCUUCAUAAGAAUUUGAUAAAACGCCACAAUCCUGACAUGAAAGGUCCACUUCCUGGUUUUGUUUUAGUCGCCUCCAAAUUUGUCCAAGACGUUCUCAAAUCUGAACGACCAAAGAGGCCGAUUUCAAAUGUCCCAAAGUGACAUGUACGAGAGUUGGCAGGUACCAGUUCAGUACGUAACGUAAGUCACGUGAUGUUGAACACUUGGAAAACUGUGGUAGUUUGGUUUCGGUUUAGGCACCAAAACGACACGAUGAGGUUCAAAAACGGUCCUACUUUCAAACCCAACACCAACCCGAUGUUGGCCUAAAAAGGUUAAAUCCAUACAGCUACUAGAAUACAGAAAUUCGCAACACAGAGCACAAAGUCAACAACACGCGCUGACAUAUUUCCGACAACAGUUUAAGAUCUGAGAGCGGCGGCGGAGUGCUACAGGUGGUCACAGGACAUGAUGCACCUCAUUCAGCACAAAUACCACGGCUCAUAGUUAAAGCGCAGUAGGCCAGUGCACAUUCUGUUAAACUAUAGUAUUAACAGUUUUACCAGGAUGUGAAACGAGCACUGCAUAGUGACAGUAAAUAAAUAAAUGUGUGGGACCAUCAUGUAGUUAACAAGCCUCGUCAGUCAGGUGUAUUUUACAUCCUGCUGCUCAUGCUCACUUUCUGGUUUCCACUUUUACCCGACCUUUCAGCUGGUAACGUCAUCCGGUUCAUGAUUAUGUUUAUAAAAACGUACAUUUGUGCUGUUUGUGGCUGCAUGCAUAAAAUAGCAUUUUGAAAAUAUACCAUAGCUGUCGGGGGAGCUCGCUUUGAUGAUUCUUACUGCUAAAUCAUUAAUAGCUGCAAGCGUGUGGGCCUGGAGCUGAAUGUGAACGUACCAGGAGGCCGUGUUUACGACCUGACCUUUCUUUUUCUACCGUGAGAGGGAAGAAUUUAGAAAGUUGAGCGGCGCUGCGGGAGCCCCCAGCUGCAGCGGUAGGCCUACAUGGAUCAUGCGUAAUAUUCAUCCAGCCAAAGGAAACAAUCACGAAGCGCAUCGGUCUCGUAAUAAGCUGCUGCACCAUCGACCUGUACGCCGUUUCUCUGGCUGACGCAUGAACACUGAGUUGGGAUGUGUCGUAACAACAUCAGGAAGUGUAUCUUUGAAGUCAUGAAUAAAUCUCAGAUUCAUUCAGAGCUCAAAUCGCCCGUCCAGUAAAAAGCAUCGGUGUUGUUCACACAGCAUUUUCAGAGAUGUUUUGUUUGUGUGAAUGUGUGAUGAUUAGUUUUUGUAUUUUGUGGUGUUUUGGUGUGGUUAUGUAACCUCCUCCUCCGCAUAGAUCCAGAUUUAUGUUGGUGCUCGUUAUGUAACACGUUUCUCCUGACAGACAAUAAAUCUGCUGUUUCUUCUG